GCGGGUUUGCGGGAGGGAGAAGGAAGAGGGAGGGGGAAGGGAUUGCCUGUGUAGGGAGGGGGUAGGGCGGGAGUCAGUGAGGGGGAGACAGCAACUGGUAAGGUCUCACAAGGAGACGAGAUGAAAGAGACUGUGGCUAAGACGAAGGUUAUUGUGAGGCGGCUGCCGCCUAACCUGAAGGCGGAAGCUUUGGUGGAGGUUAUUGACAAAUCGUUCGCAGGGCGAUACAAUUGGUUUAGCUUUCAUGAAGGCAAGACUAAUCAGAAGCGCAUCGUCUAUUCCCGAGCGUACCUGAAUUUCAAAAAGCCGGAGGAUGUGCUGGAGUUCUAUGAGAGCUUCGAGGACCAUGCCUUCGUCAACGAGAGGGGAUUGCCGUUCAAGGCGUGCGUGGAAUACGCGCCUUUUCAGGCCAUACCGAAGGCGAAGGCGAGGAAGGAUGCAAGAGAGGGGACGAUCUUCAAGGACCCUGACUACUUGGCGUUCGUGGAGGAGGUGGGAAAGCCGAGUGAUGCAUUGCCAAGUGCGGAGGUGCAAUUGGAGAGGAGGGAGGCGGAGAGAGCCAGAGAGUUGGCGGCGACAGGAGGGGUAUCGCCAGUCAUCGUGACGCCGUUGAUGGAAUAUGUGAGGGGGAAACGAGCGGCGAAGGCGGCGCCACAGCAGAAACCCUUGUCAGCUGUUGCAAGGCAGGCAGCGGCUCGUGCGGCCGCCGCAGCGGCCGCUUCUGCCGCCGCCUCGACAGGCGGGCCGGGAGGUUCGUCUCAGAAGCCUCGAACGGUGAUCCUUCAGGAGAAGGCGAAGAUGGGAGAGGGCACAGGUAUGGAAAAGCGAAGUGCGGCGAAGGACGGAGGGGGCACAGCAGUAUUUGCUGUGGUCUCGCCUGCCGCGUCGGCUUCGCCGUCUCCUUGCGCGUCCUCCCCGUCUAAAGCGGAGCCGUUGCGCUCGAGCAGGGAGCGGGAAGCAGUCGUGGAGAGAAAGCGGCGCGAGGCGUUGGAUAGCAGGGACAGAAGACUUGUGCGGGAGGCCGUCGUCGCUGCAUUGUCUUCUGUAGGGGGAGCUGUGGGGAGCAGCCGCUCGGCGUUGGGAACUAGCGGUGUACCAGGAACAGCCGUAGGCGGGAAGAUCGGCGCGUCGACGCUUGCCGCAGGCGCGAGUGGAGGCACAUCAGGCGUGCCUUCCACUUCCGUCUCGGCGAGUACUACUGGCAAUAAGUCUGUUGAUAAUGAAGGAAUGAUGUCAACGACAGCAAUAGCAGCAGCUGGAGGAGGAGGGGGAGGAGGAGGAGGAGGAGGAGUUGGAACGAUUGUGAGAGAGAGCAGUGCAAUUGGAGGGGGACGGAAGGAGAUCCUUCGGAGGCAGAGAGGAUUGCCACCACCAUCGAUUCAUCAAAUGGCGCCGGAAGAGAGAGAUAAGGCAACGGAGGGUGAAAGUGCGAGUGGUGAAAGGGAGAAAGACGAAAGGCGAGACGCGGUGUCGGGCGAGGUGGCGGCGUGUGGCGGUGGUGGGGUGGGAGAUGCUACUACUGUGGGAGCUGUUCCGCCCGUUGGUAUCGCGACAAGCACAAGCCGCGGUGGGGCCGGCAGCGGGACGAGUAGCAAUCCGCGUCAGAGACCGCCUUUGCCACCAGGACCAUCUCGAGUGGGCACGGGACAAGACCCGGUGGGACAAGCGGCGGCUGGUUCACCAGCGCAUCAACGACAGCAGCAUGGCCAUGGCUCACAGGGGCAGCAGAGCGCGUCCCCGAGAGUGGCGCAGGUGGUCCAGUCACAGGCGCAGCAGCAGCAUAUGGGCGGCGGCUAUGUGGCGGUAGGCUCAGCAGGUGGCGGCGGUACCGCGAUGGGAACGCGGGGUCCGCAGCGGCGCGGCGGGGAGGGAAUCCGCGUGAGGGAUGUGCAACAGGUAUCAGCUUCGCAAAAUGCCUCCUCGUCGUCAUCGUCUGUGUCGUUGUCGUCAACAUCCCGGCAACUCGUGGGUGGGGUAUCGUCCAACCAGCUAGGGCGAAACAUUCAUAGGCCAUCGCCGCUAGGAUCAUCAUCAUCAUCAUCCGGCGGGCAGGGGGUAAUGUCAGCGGGGUCAUCAUCGUCGUCAGGAGCAGCGUCAUCGCCAGCGAGGAGUCCGUCUUCGAGUCAGGCCGUGAGUGGCCGAGGAGCGGGGACCCCAUCAAACAUACAGGCUAGUGGAAGCUCUCUCCGAGGGGCUACGAGAGACGGCAACCCCCCUCAGUACAACGGCGGCGCCUCAGGUUACCCCAAUAGCAGCGGUACAGUGGGAGCUGCUUCCAAGUCCGGUGGACCAGCAGCAGUAUCUACCGGUGUACCUGCGACCGCUACUGUUGCUGGCGGUGGGGGAAGAACUCUGGACGAAGGUGGAGGUGCGUCGAAGUCAUCCUGGGCUGCUGGUGGGGGGGGUUUGCAAGAUUCCCCAGCUAAUGCUGCUGCGUCCGUCGCCGCCGCGCCGUCGUUGGGGAUGACAGGUGGCGGCGGACACGUGGCGUCGAUGACCACGACGAGUGCUCACGGGACUGUCACCGACAAGCCCUCUGAAGUGCGGCGAGUGCGCAAUAAAGACCGUCCAGAUCGUCCCGUAUGGACUCCCCGCCGCCGCCCGGAAACACCGCAAUCCGCGCAGACGGCAGUGACAACGGGGGGAACUGCUGGGGGCGGGGGGGCGGCCAGCUCACCCCACGUAGCGCCUACGACUUCCUCCUCUGCUCACUCCUCGUCUACAACCAUAUCCCAAGAAAGAAGCAGUGGUGGAUCCCUGUUCGCCUCAGGCUCUGGGUCAAUUUCAGUAACGCCGGUUACCUCAGUAACCGCCGGCGGUUACCUCAGCACCCAACGGGCCGUUCCCUCACACGCAAUCCGCACAGCUAUGGAUGCGCCUUCGCGGAGUGGCGGUUAUCAUCAUAAUCAUGGCCAUGGUGGCAAGCAGUCCAUAUCACGUUCUGAGCUGGAGGAGGAGGGGCAGCAUACCAACAACCCCUUGUCCUCCUCAAUUGGGGGACCUUCAGAGUCAAUACCCAAACCUCUCCGCAGAACUAGUGGUUCUCCUUCUGCGCGCCUGGGGGAGGCAAAACAGGUGUGGGUGGCAGUGCAGAGGUAGCGGAGAAAAGCGGGAAAGCAGGGCUUUUAUGUCUGUGAUGCAGGAAAGCAGUAGUCUGGAAGAAAAAACUCUUAUCCAUUUGUCCACCCCGCCCCCAUCCGUCAGGCUCCAGGUUUUCUGGAUCGGAUGAAAGAUCCAAUGAUCGUUUCUCGAUGAAGAUGAGAACUACCGUUGCGGUGGAUUGAUUGUGACGAUCGUGGUCUCCAGGUUUUCUGGAUGAUGAGGAGGAGGAUGACGCUCGGGAGUCUGAUACAACUCCUAAGGGAAAGGCAAGAUGAACGAAGAGAGAGGACAAUCAGCAGCGGCAUUCCUGAACGAAGAAGAGAGAAGGAGAUGGGAAUGCCAGCUUGAAAAGGGUUGGAGGAAACAAUGAACGAGAGUGAACCGAAGGUGCAGAGGCCGACCCCAAAGAGAUCGGGGGGAGAGAGAGAGAGAGAGAGAGAGAGAGAGAGAGAGAGAGAGAGAGAGAGAGAGAGAGAGAGAGAGAGAGAGAGAGAGAGGCAGUCGACUGUUUGGAGAAUUGGUCACGGAGAGAGGAUUCGAUACCGUCCUUACGAACCCAAUGGGUGGCCGAUUGUGGGGGAAGCGUGGAGGUGGAAAUGUUUGGGGCUCUGCGACAGGACGGCCGCCUUUCGCGAAAUGUGUAUGGGCGAACAAGCCUCUGAGCUAGCCGUGUCAACGGUGAGAGUGCCAGCGUGAAGACGGUUGGGGAAUCCAUGGCCGCGAGUGACGCGAAGAUGGGAAGGCCGACCUUCAAGAGAUCGGCCACGGAGAGAGAGAGAGAGAGAGAGAGAGAGAGAGAGAGAGAGAGAGAGAGAGAGAGAGAGAGAGAGAGAGGUGGUGGGGAAUCGGUUACCGAGGAGUCGAUCCCGUGUCAUUACAAACCCAACGGGUGGCCGAUAGCGGGGCGAAUCGUGGCGGUGACAAUAUUAGGGCCUCUGCAACAGAACGCUCUCCUUCCGCGAAGGAGAUGUGCAGGAGAAGAAGCCUCUGAGCCGUGUCAGCGAUGGACGAAUUGGAGCUCGAUGUCAGGAGUUGCGUAUCGCUGAUAUAUUGUUUGUAAUAUAUAUUUUGCUGCUGAAACUUCCCGCCUUUUGCAGCGGAGUUUUCGCGAAGGGUCAAUCACGGAGGAGGAGGCCCUUUUGGGCGCUUCCCACUUUACCGCGUGGAGGGAAAAAUUGUGACCGUGGAUUGAGGGGAGUAUUGUCAGCGGCGGGCACGAGGGAAGAGAGAGAGAGGCGAGUACCGCAGUUGUCCGGAGAAGAAACGAGAUAUCGAGUAGGAGGCAAGAGGAAUAAGGGAGAGUGGAACUCAGGGUGAAUGUCUCUCUUCUCUCUCUCUCUCUCUCUCUCUCUCUCUCUCUCUCUCUCUCUCUCUCUCUCUCUGUGCUUGCGUUACGGUUAGCGGUGAACGCCGAUUGACCUAAAAUGUGUGUUUGUCAGCACGGCGUCGUGCGCGGUAUUCCUUCCUCAUUUCAUUGCUGGGUGUUAAGGAGCCUCGUACAGACGGCUGCUUGCGCGCGCCUCGGGAUUACAGGUUGAUCUGAUGUUACUAUGUACGGGGAUUGCCGCGUGCUGCCAGCUAAUGUGUGGUAUGUGCGACGAUGUGAAGACCACGAACAAUCAGCGGCCAUUGUCGCUCAGUACGGGAGCGGCAGCGAAUCGGCGCAUUUGAUGAGUGCAUGCCAUUAUGCUCUCUUGCGUUUGAAUGUUGUUCUAUGAUAUUACCGAUGUUGUACAAUGCUUAUUCAUAUAUCUUGAGCUGGUUUCCUUUUCUCUCUGGCGAUUCAUCCGAGUAGCGGACCUCCCAGUCUUGCUGGUGUAGACAAGUUUAUGCACGAAGGGAAUGUGUGUGUGUGUGUGUGCGUGUGCGAGAGAGAGAGAGAGAGAGAGAGAGAGAGAGAGAGAGAGAGAGAGAGAGAGAGAGAGGAAAUUUGUUUUUGCGUUUUGCGUCUUGAUGAUGCGGCAUUCGCUGAUGCCCCCAUGAGAUA